AUGUCAGUGAGGUUUGAUGAAUUUAAAGGUUUUGUCAUUGACCCCAAUGUGAAGGCUCUCAAACCUCAAGAGACAACCACAGGAAUCAAUAAACUACCAGUAUAUGAAAUCUUAAAUUUCAAACCAGUCGAAAGUGAGGAGAAUGAAGAACUGGAAGUUAAAGAGAAGAAAAAGUCAAAGCUGCAAAGAAAGAUUGAAAGACAACAGAAAAAGAUAAGAAUAAGUCAAAGGAAACUACAACAACGUCUUAUGGAAGAUCAAAAGUUUGAGCCUGAUUAUACUCCCAUACAAAUCACCAAUGAAAUCAAAAAAAUCUAUUUAUCACUAUCUACAAAAACUGAGACAAAACUACUUCAAUAUCAAUCAGUAUCAUUAUAUUCCACCGACCUUAGUCAGAUUCUACCUGGCGAAUGGAUCAAUGACAACAUAAUAUCUUUAGUGCAUGAAUUCUUAUCCAUGAAUUAUAUAAAUUCCAAUAGUUUAUAUAAGAAAUCGAUAAAGUUAUUACCACCAACAGUAGUUCAAUUAUUACUCUUUACUGAUUUUAAUGAUGUUCUUGAUGUUAAAGAUAUUGAACUGGCAAAAUUCAUUUUCCUUCCUGCCAAUGAAAGUGAAGAAGGUGAUCAUUGGGUGCUUGGAGUUCUUGAUUUACUUCGUAAUAAAUUCUUCAUUUAUGAUUCCAUGAUGAGUGAGACCUACCAAAUAUUCGAUAAUCUUCUAGAUAAGUUUAAGAAACUCAAUAUAGUUACCGGUAAGAUAGAAAUCAUUCGAGUUAAAAUAGAACAACAAUCCAAUUUUGAUGACUGUGGGGUUUUUCUUAUCAUGAUAUCUUGUUAUCUCAUAAAUAUGUUAUUGAACGAGGACAUAAACUUCGAUCUCAGUAGUUUGAAAUUCAAUCCCGUGAAGGCAAGAUUAGAUAUCUUCAAGUUGAUACGAUUUUUAAUAACUCAAGAUGAAUCAGCCAGUUAA